AUGGUGUGUUUGAAUGUGGUCAGCUGUGCUAGUGUGUUUAAUGAUGUGUGUAUGGUGUGUUUGAAUGUGGUCAGCUGUGUUAGUGUGUGCAAUGAUGUGUGUAUGGUGUGUUUGAAUGUGGUCAGCUGUGCUAGUGUGUUCAAUGAUGUGUGUAUGGUGUGUCUGAAUGUGGUCAGCUGUGCUAGUGUGUUCAAUGAUGUGUGUAUGGUGUGUCUGAAUGUGGUCAGCUGUGCUAGUGUGUUCAAUGAUGUGUGUAUGGUGUGUCUGAAUGUGGUCAGCUGUGCUAGUGUGUUCAAUGAUGUGUGUAUGGUGUGUCUGAAUGUGGUCAGCUGUGCUAGUGUGUUCAAUGAUGUGUGUAUGGUGUGUCUGAAUGUGGUCAGCUGUGCUAGUGUGUUCAAUGAUGUGUGUAUGGUGUGUCUGAAUGUGGUCAGCUGUGCUAGUGUGUUCAAUGAUGUGUGUAUGGUGUGUCUGAAUGUGGUCAGCUGUGCUAGUGUGUUCAAUGAUGUGUGUAUGGUGUGUCUGAAUGUGGUCAGCUGUGCUAGUGUGUUCAAUGAUGUGUGUAUGGUGUGUCUGAAUGUGGUCAGCUGUGCUAGUGUGUUCAAUGAUGUGUGUAUGGUGUGUCUGAAUGUGGUCAGCUGUGCUAGUGUGUUCAAUGAUGUGUGUAUGGUGUGUCUGAAUGUGGUCAGCUGUGCUAGUGUGUUCAAUGAUGUGUGUAUGGUGUGUCUGAAUGUGGUCAGCUGUGCUAGUGUGUUUAAUGAUNGGGGAAGGAGAAAAGGGGGAUUGAUAUUUAGCAGUGAAUGA